AUCCAUUUCUCAUUAGCCAAACAAGUUCCACACUCAAGUCCAGAAAAAAGACAAUCCGGUGGUCCAACAAGUUUGCAUACCUCAAGCUCAUCAACGAUGAGAGGAUCUAGACUAAAAUCUACUCUCUAAGAAAGAUUUCUUUGGUCAUUUCUUUUGAUUUUACAGCUUGGUUUUUUAUUUUAUUUUGAAUAAGAGUUAUCACUGGUGUUGUGUCUGGCCGUCUCUCUACGUGAACAUGGAAGAAAAAGAAGCAAGAAAAGGAGCCAUGACUGCAGCAGAAUCUGGUGGGAAGAUAACUUAUUUUGUGGUGGCUUCAUGUGUCAUGGCCGCCAUGGGAGGUGUCAUCUUCGGCUACGACAUCGGAGUUUCAGGUGGAGUGAUGUCAAUGGGGCCAUUUCUGAAAAGAUUUUUCCCAAAAGUGUAUAAUCUCGGAGAAGAAGAUAGAAUAAGAAGAAGCCAUAACAACAAGAACCACUAUUGCCUUUUCAACAGCCAACUUCUCACGUCUUUCACGUCUUCUCUCUACGUUUCCGGUUUCAUAGCUACUCUGUUAGCUUCAUCAGUAACCCGAUCCUGGGGUCGCAAGCCCUCUAUAUUUCUAGGCGGCGUGGCUUUUCUCGCUGGCUCUGCUCUCGGCGGCUCAGCUCAGGACGUUGCCAUGCUCAUCAUUGCACGUCUCUUGCUAGGUGUAGGAGUUGGAUUCGCCAACCAGUCGGUUCCUCUAUAUCUAUCCGAGAUGGCGCCAGCGAGAUACAGAGGAGCAAUCAGCAACGGCUUCCAGCUCUGCAUCGGAAUAGGGUUUUUAACCGCAAACUUCACCAACUACGAAACUCAAAAGAUCAAAGAAGGAUACGGCUGGAGAAUCUCUUUAGCCACGGCCGCGGUUCCAGCUUCGAUCCUCACGUUAGGCUCGCUCUUUCUCCCGGAGACGCCCAACAGCAUCAUACAAACCACAGGAGACGUUCGCAAGGCCGAGCUCAUGCUACGUCGUAUCCGUGGGACAGACGACGUACAAGACGAGCUCGCCGAUCUCGUCGAGGCCAGCUCCGAGUCAAACUCAAACGCGCAACAGCAUGGGUUCUUGAACUUGCUCCAGAGAAGAUACAGGGCUGAGUUAGUGAUGGCUUUCGCCAUACCCUUCUUUCAGCAGGUGACGGGCAUCAACGUCGUCGCUUUCUACGCGCCGGUUCUGUUUCGAACCGUCGGGUUCGGGGAGAGCGGUUCGCUGAUGUCGACGCUCGUGACCGGGAUCGUGGGGACAGCUUCGACGUUCUUGUCGAUGCUCGUGGUGGACAGAAUCGGUAGAAAGACUCUGUUUCUGGUAGGAGGUUUACAGAUGCUUGCGUCGCAAGUUAUCAUCGGCGUGAUCAUCACGGUGGCUGAGGUUCGCGACGGUGUGAUCGGGGAAAGGUACGGUUACGCGGUUGUGGUUCUGGUGUGUGUAUACGUGGCGGGGUUCGGGUGGUCGUGGGGUCCACUAGGGUGGCUUGUGCCGAGCGAGAUCUAUCCGUUGGAGAUUAGGUCAGCGGCGCAGAGCGUGACGGUGGCGGUGAGUUUUGUGUUUACUUUCGCUGUGGCUCAAAGCGUGCCGCCGAUGCUGUGCAAGUUGCAAGCAGGGAUUUUCUUCUUUUACGGAGGGUGGGUGGCGGUGAUGACGGUGGCGGUGCAGCUGUUUCUGCCGGAGACUAAGAAUGUUCCGAUCGAGAAGGUGGCUGGACUUUGGGAGAAGCAUUGGUUCUGGAGGAAAAUGACUACGAAGCGUGAUUCCCAAGGAACCACUUCCGUUAGUAGUUAAAAUUUUCCUAACAAAAUAUCUCAAAUGAUGUUUAUGUUCGAUUAUGAUUUGAAGUGAUUUAUUUAUAUUAAAAUAAAAUUGGGCUAUUUCUUCAAAUGUAAAUUUUUAAAAAUUAUAUAAAAAUAGUAUUAUUGAA